AUGACAGCCUUCUCCCCGCACAACAUCGCCGGGUCGGCGACCAGCACGAAGAAGCUAAUCAAUCUUCUGAGAGGAUGGCCGAAUCACACCUUGCUGCCAACGCAGCUGCUUGAUAGAUCUGCCCAUAAAGUGCUCACCAACAACUCCAUUGCAUUUCCGGCCUUGGAAUACGGCCCGGAUCAUGGAGACCCACGUUUGCGCAAGCAUCUUGCGUCGUGGUUGACGACCUUCUUCGGGCCUCAGGAGCCUAUCACGGACGAUCGAAUAGCCAUCUCGGGAGGAGCAUCGCAGAACCUGGCCGUCUUACUGAACGUCUUCACUGAUCCUUCGUACACUCGGAACGUGUGGUUCGUAGCGCCAGCAUACCAUCUUUCCUUCCGAGUGGUCCAAGAUGCUGGGUUCCACGACAAGUUCCGAGCAAUACCAGAAGACGACGAAGGUAUAGAUAUUGAAUACUUCAAGAAUGAGAUCAAGAAGGUCGAAGAGAAAGCGAAUAGUCAGGGCAUUUCACAACCCAAACACAAACCUGCAUCACGGCCCUGGGCAAAGAUAUACAAACACGUCAUCUAUGCUGUCCCCACGUUCUCAAAUCCUUCGUCCAAGACAAUGAGUCUCAGGCGACGAGAAGAGCUCGUACGGGUGGCGAGGGAGUACGAUGCACUCGUCAUCACGGACGAUGUGUACGAUUUCCUUCAGUGGCCAGCCAGCGUUGCAUCCGAGUCCCAGGCUGUGUCUGUAGAGAAGGCUCACCUACCCCGAAUCGUCGACAUCGACCGCCACUUGGAUGGUGGUGCUGAACGAGCGGGCGCCGAUGGCUUCGGUAAUGCGGUAUCGAACAUGAGCUUUUCCAAGAUUUCCAGUCCUGGCUUGAGAUGUGGCUGGUGCGAGGGCACACCAAGAUUCGUGUCUGGUGUUGCAGAAGUGGGCUCCACCCACUCAGGCGGUGCACCCAGCCAGUUCACAUCCAACAUACUGGCUGAGACCAUGGAGUCUGGUGAACUUCAACGUCAUGUAAAGGAGCGACUGCAACCAGCAUACGGCAAGCGGUACCGUUCGAUGAUCAGGGCUAUCAACGACCACCUGGUACCACUUGGUGUCCGCCUGCCUCAGACAGAUCGCGAUAUUGUCGGUGGAUACUUCAUUUGGCUCACUUUACCAGACGGUAUGGAAGGUGGUGCUCUCGUGGAACGUGCUAGAGAAGAUGAGAACGUUGUCGUUGCACAGGGUGAGCUCUUUGAGGUCCCCGGUGACAACAUCCACCCACGCACGUGUUUCAAGAACGACAUCAGAGUUUGCUUCGCAUGGGAAGACACGAAUGCGCUAGUCGAAGGCGUCGAGCGCCUCGCAACUGUCAUCCGUGCGAUGCAACUUGAGCAGAACACUACUGGCAGCUACAAGAUCCGGCUCCGAGUGGAGCAGGAGGCGAAGAACUUCUGGUAA